UCUCUUAUUUAUAUUUACUUGGCAACAAAUCUUUCUUGUGCAGAACAGAAGAAAAAAAAAAAAAAAACACCCAUGGCUCUGUUUUCUAGCUUCUUCGCAGUUUCCGCGUCUCUCAUGAUCCUCGUGUCCCUUCAAUGGACUCUGGUUUGCAGUGAAUCCACAAUCUCAGCUUCUCCCGCUGUUUUACCGUAUAUCAGUGCACCAGAUAUGUCUUCGUUUUUCCCUUCUCCGACCAAUGAAUGGCCAGUCGAUACAGCAAUCUCUCCUGUUCCAGAGCCAGACGCGCCUGGUCCAAGCUCAGGCCUACCUAAUGGGAAGAUUACAGGCAGCUCAAUGAGGCUCCGUCCUGAUCUUUUAUUGGUUCUGCUCAUUGUUGGGAUCCGUAGCUUCUUAUGUGUUGACUUAUCAAUGCUCGCUAGGUUUCUGCAUUAUUAAUCUACGUGUAAUCUUUAUUGGUUAUCAUCGUUCUUGCUUCUGGUCUUUUUUUGUUCUUCAUCUCAUGAACGUCAACAUACAUACGUUACUGUUAUACGUAUGUGUACGCAUAACUUUGUUUUGUGAUAAAAUAUACGAGUGUAAUUUUCCUUAA